CGCCGCGCAUCCUCAGCCCGCCGCGCGUCCUCGGCCGCUGCUGCCGCUCUCCGCCAGCUCGGCGCCCAGCUCCGCGCCCGGUUCCCUAGCGGCGGGCGGGCGGCCAUGAGGCUGCGGGGACGCGGGACGCGGGCCGCCCCCGCCUCCGGCGUAGCGGCGGGCGACGCGCGACGACUGGCGCCCCCGGGGCGCAACCCCUUCGUGCACGAGCUGCGGCUGAGCGCCCUGCAGAAGGCCCAGGUGGCCUUCAUGACGCUGACGCUGUUCCCCAUCCGCCUCCUGGUUGCUGCCUUCAUGAUGCUGCUGGCCUGGCCCUUCGCACUUGUGGCCUCACUGGGACCUGCUGAGAAGGAGCCCGAGCAGCCCCUGGCCUUGUGGCGGAGGGUGGUGGACCUACUCCUCAAGGCCAUCAUGCGCACCAUGUGGUUUGCCGGCGGCUUCCACCACGUGGUGGUGAAGGGUCAGCGAGCACUGCCCACCGAGGCCGCCAUCCUCACGCUGGCUCCACAUUCAUCCUACUUCGAUGCCAUCCCCGUCACCAUGACCAUGUCCUCCAUCGUGAUGAAAGCGGAGAGCAGAGACAUCCCAAUCUGGGGAACUCUGAUCAGGUACAUCCGGCCUGUGUUCGUGUCUCGGUCAGACCAGGACUCUCGCAGGAAGACAGUGGAAGAAAUCAGGAGACGGGCACAGUCGGGCGGCAAGUGGCCACAGAUAAUGAUUUUUCCAGAAGGAACGUGUACAAAUAGGACCUGCUUAAUUACCUUCAAACCUGGUGCGUUCAUCCCCGGCGUUCCCGUCCAGCCUGUGGUGCUACGAUACCCUAACAAACUGGACACCAUCACCUGGACGUGGCGAGGACCCAGAGCGUUGGAAAUCCUGUGGCUCACGCUGUGCCAGUUUCACAAUCGAGUGGAAAUUGAGUUCCUCCCUGUGUACAGCCCGUCCGAGGAGGAGAAGAGGAACCCUGCACUGUACGCCAGCAACGUGCGGCACGUCAUGGCCGAGGCCCUGGGCAUCUCGGUGACCGACUACACGUUCGAGGACUGCCAGCUGGCCCUGGCCGAAGGACAGCUUCGCCUGCCUGCCGACACCUGCCUGCUGGAGUUCGCCAGGCUGGUGCGGGGCCUGGGGCUGAAACCAGAAAAACUCGAAAAGGACCUGGAUAAAUAUUCGGAGAGAGCCCAGGGGAAGAGCCGGGAGAAGAUCAGCCUCCCGGAGCUCGCCGCGUCCCUGCAGGUGCCCGUCUCUGACACGCUGCAGGACCUGUUCUCACUCUUCGACGAGAGUGGAGACGGCAAGAUGGACCUGCGGGAGUUUGUGGUGGCCUUGUCAGUAGUGUGCCGGCCGUCCCGGACGCUGGACACCAUCCAGCUGGCAUUUAAGAUGUACGGGUCCCCCGAGGACGGUGGUGUCGCUGAGGGCGACCUGUCCUGCAUCCUGAAGACCGCCCUGGGGGUGGCAGAGCUCCAUGUGACUGACCUGUUCCAGGCCAUCGACGAGAAGGAGAAGGGGACAGUCACGUUUGCCGACUUCUCCAGGUUUGUGGAGCGGCACCCCGACUUUGCAGAGGAGUACCUGUGCCCUGACCUGAGGGGGCCCGCGUACGGCCCCGCGGCCCCACCCGUGCUCACCCCCAACGGCUUCUGUGCUGACUUCAGCCCUGACAGCCUGGGCCUGGGGAGGAAGCCUUGUUGUAAGAAGCUGGACUAGGACAGAAGGUCCCGGAGGACGAGGCGCCUGCCACCCUGCUCCAGCGGCUGGACGUCCAGGUGCUCUCUUCUCUUCUGCCCUUCAGACCCAGUCUCUGUUCCCUUGUGAGCAGCUGCGUCGGGAGCCCAGCCUCGGAGGGAACCGCGGGAGGGGCGCCGUCUGCCUGGGGCCGCGGGUGCCCCUGGGUGCCCCCCACCCUCACCUAGCACGCCGGGUCCCCUUCUCUGUGUGUGGCACAAUCGGGUGGCCAUGCUGCCCAUGCUGCAAGCAGAGUGGCCCUGGCCCUGGUCCCAGAUCUCCCGCCUUUCUGUGUCGGGAGCACCAGAGCGUUUUAUAAACUUCAUUUAGCUAUUUUGGAACACAUUCAGCAUUUUUUUAAAAAAGAGAAAAUUGUUUUUCUACUCAUUUUUCCCGUUAGGGUCAGAGGAUAUUUAUUUAUCAGCCCUUUUUUGAUAGACCGAGGCUGUCUUGGGCUUCGACAUUUCUCACGGCCUCUCCCAGGGAGGUUCCCUGCGGGCCCAGGGAGAGUUUGGCCACAGACCCCUGGCCCCAGGACACCUCUUCCGCUUUCCUUGAUCCUUUAACAUCCCCUUUUUUUAUGAAUGUCACCAGUUUGGUAUUUCUGUUUGAAUAUAAUGCAGUCUACUUCUUCAGCGCUUAGACUCUGAUCACAGCGAGGAACCCUGGUAACUGCACCAGCAGAGCCGAGCCGGACGCUGUCCGUUCACCUCCAUGUCUCACCUUCCCUCCCUAAGCUGCUGACACUCCAGGUGGUGGCAGCCCCUCCCCAGCAGGGAGGCCCCUGUCCCUGGCCUCUCCCCCUUUGCUUGGUUUCUGUGGCGGCUCCAGCACAGCAGGACCCCUGAGUGUGGCUGACCCUCCAGUGGGGAGGGGACUGCAGGUGGCGUUUCUGGGGACACGGUGCCCGGCCCCUCCCAGGCUGGAGGAGUGGUGGGCGCUCCACCUCCAUCCUGGGCAGGUGCAGACGCCCUCCUCGGAGCCUGUGGCGGCCACAGUGCCUCCUGAGCCGAGCUCUGCUCUUUUUUCCUGAGAUGAGUUGGGUUGGGUUCCAUAUCUGGGCAUUGUGCAGAGUGGCCGCCAGGCCAGCGAGUGCAGGACAGGUCACCGACUCCUCAGCGCUGCCCUGUGACUCUGCCAGGAGACAUUGGGCACCACGUGGGCAGUGCCAUCUCCACGGCCGGUUCAGGGCUGCUGGCUCCCGAGGGGAAGUUGGGAGGCAGCCUGGGUGGCCCACAGUGGUCCAUUUCACAGCAAUGGGUCAAGAUCCACUUUUAGAAGAGAAAAGCCUGGGAAAGGCCUAUGAAGGAGUUAAAGAGCUAAGAUAUUCCGAGGGCGGGCCGCGCCCUUCCCUGACGUCUGCAGAUGAAGGGUUUUUAACGAAAUGCCACGAGGUGCAUUUUCAGGAGAAAAUCCCUGAGACAGACUCGGAAUGGAUGUUUGUCCUCCUGAUUCCCUUUCCCUCCACGGCAACCUGCAGUCCGCCGCCUUCACCCUGCGGUUGCCGCCCGUGAAGAGUGCGGGUUUUCUGUGGAAUAAACGCGAACGUAGAUACUU